AUGUCGGUUUGUUUGGCGGUCACGAAGACCAUUGCAGUGUCGAGUUUAGGGAUCUAUUGUGGAACGCUGUGUUCGGCGACGAUCCUGGCGCAGUUCACGCCCAUGGACGUGAUCAAGUCGCAGUUGAUGGGUCCUGCGAAGAUCGUGGCCCGUGUGGCCGCGUCGCUGGCCACUGUGUCGUCGAUUUUCUUCGGGCUCAGUUUUUUUGGCGCUCCCGCGCAUCUGCGCCAUCCGUACCUGUUGUACGGGAUGCUAGUGGCGCCCAUAUCGAGCGUGUACAUGGCGUUAACCAUGACGUUCAAGAGACCUCGUCAGUGUCGCGAACGGUGCACCAAGCGUAAGGCAGCGGAGGCAGCGGAGGCAGCGGAGGCGGCCAGUAACGCGACGACGACCGCGACCACGACCACGACCCCCACGGACGUCUCCUUGGAUGAAUCAGUGGUCGAUCUCGGCCAACUUCCAGUCGAGGACGAAACGCUGGAGACCACCACGACCACCACGACCACCCGGACUCCCGACCACGCUCCUGAGACACUACCAUUCUCCCCGGUCACGUGUCACUCUUCCAAAUGUCUACGUCCCAUCCCCGUUCUCUUCGCCAUUUCCGUGGCCGGCUUUGCUGAAUCGGUGUUGGGUCUCUAUGGCGAAGGGCUAUUUGUCUAA